AUGCCUUUUGGAGAGAUGACCAUCACGCUCCACGACGUUGCAGUGUUGCUUGGGAUUCCAGUCGGUGGAGAUAUGGUUGUAGGGAAUGAGAGUGUGAAAGCACAGUUGUGUGAGAUGCUGAGGGUCGAACAAUUGAAUGAACGAUCCAAGCCUUCGCUUAAGAGUGGGGGUUUAGUGUGUGCUGAAGCUAUGCAGCAGGUUGGGAGGUUUCGGGAAAGAGAUUCUGAGGUAUGGAUGUUCUUGACCUGUUUGUUGGGGACCACCUUGUUUGUCGACAGGAGUGGGGAUCGGGCGCAGGUUUGGCCUCUCCAGUUCUUGGGGGACACUAGACGGGUGAGGAAAUAUUCUUGGGGGUCUGCUACACUCGCCUAUUUGUAUAGGCAACUCGGCAUGGCGUCUCGAGCGGAUUGCAAAGGCAUGGGUGGCUGUUUGACCCUCCUUCAGAGCUGGAUCUACGAGUACUUCCCGUGUUUACGAGAUCAGAAGUUGGGGACACGUGGAUUGGUGUGCGGGGAACCUUUUGCUAAGAAGUGGGAGGGGGUGAGAAUUGGAGGUGGGGCACAGUUGAUGAAUGAGAGGUUGGAUCACUAUCGUCGAGUACUGGAUAAUAUGACAGAUGAGUUCGUUUUUUGGUGCCCAUUCGGCCCCAGACCUGGUGCGAUGGUCUCUCGUUCUUUGUACUCUGGUGUCAUUCGGUGCAUGAGUGUUGAGGAGAUGUACGAUCCCUCGCGUUGCCUCCGUCAGUUUGGGUACGUAUAG